GCCGGCGGGGGGCGCGGGGCGCAGCGCGGGCGGCCAUGGCGGCGGGACGGCUGCCGGCGCUGCUGCUCCUCCUCGCCCUGCUGCUGGGCGGCACGGCGGGACCCGGCGCCUGGGCAGCGCGGGGCCGCGGCGCCGAGAAGCAAAACAGCCUCCGCCGAGCCGCCAGCGGGCUCUACCAGGGCGUCAGCGGCCUCUUCGGCGAGGACAACGUGCGGGCCCUGCAGAAGUUUUUCUCAAGGUUGACAGAGAGGUUUGUGAAUGGGGUGGAUAUAUUAAUGGACACAUUCUGGAGAAUAUGGACUGAUUUGUUAGAUGUUCUUGGAAUUGAUGCCUCCAACUUGACUCAUUAUUUCAGCCCAGCGGCAAUUGCCAACAACCCAACCCGUGCUCUUCUCCUGAUUGGUGCCAUUUUACUUGCCUAUUGGUUUUUAUCUCUCUUCCUUGGAUUCUUCUUCUAUCUCCUGCACAUGCUGUUUGGUCGCUUUUUCUGGAUUGCGAGGGUUGCCCUUUUCACCCUCUCAUGCAUCUACAUCCUCCAGAAGUAUGAAGGUGACCCCGAGCACGCAGUCCUGCCUCUCUGCUUUGUUGUAGCAGUCUACUUCAUGACGGGGCCAGUUGGAUUUUACUGGAGGAGGAACAGCAACAGCAGCCUCGAGGAGAAGAUGGACCACCUCGAUAGUCAGAUCAGACUUCUGAACAUACGUCUUUCUAGGGUGAUCGAAAACCUGGACAGGGGCAGUGACCAAUGAACCAACCCCUAUAGACCACUGUACACCAGCUCUAGAAAAUUCCUAAGCACUGUCUCAUUCGAAUAUACAAAGCAACAAAACAUCACAUGGUAAAAAGUGUGCAAGGUUAUAACUUUUCAUCAUGUGUAAGACUAAUUUAUCUAGGUUAUACACUCAGCCAUUAUACUUGUAGGGAAAAAAAAAAAACAUUAAAAAAUUCAGCUGUAUAUUCAGAGAGUUUUAUCCAGUACUAGAAUUUUCUCAGUAGAUAAACACUUACUUUUACAAGCAUUUAAAAACAUCUUUUGUAAAGUUUUUAUAAAAGCAAAUCGAGUAGUCUUUCAAAUAUUGAGAUUGAGCUAAACAUAUGCAAAUUUAACACUUAAAAAAUUAAAAAGAAAAAAAAAUCUCAAGCUGCCAAACGAACACCUCCAUUGAGAAGUACCUGCUGUGGGUCCGCAGUUUUUUUCUCCAAGUUGCGAAUGUGUUUGUUUUAUUGUUGGCUUAUUUCGUUGCCUUGAAGUUGCCUUUCAGAGUUAUCAGAUGAGGAAUUUUCUGUUAUCCAGGCCAAAAAAUUCACGCUGCAGCUUUUAGUAGGAGGUGGGGAAUAAGGGAGAAGGAAGAUUUCAUAAGUUCCGAGUCCAUAAAUGCCAGUCCCCUAUAAGGAAUUGCGAAGGGCACGUGUGGCAUUAUUUCAUUGCAUUUCAUCUUGAGAACUUUGAUUUGGUGUUUGAAAGGCAGGCUGUUUUAACAGAUUGACAAAAAGGGAGGAGUUGUAGCAUGGCUAAAUUGUAAUUCAUAUUUGAUCUUCACAGUGAAGCAUUUUUCAAGUAUAAGCGCAUAGGAAAAAUACGAUUUUCAAUCUCAGGACCCGUGUACUUUCUCAAAAAAGGCAGCAGUUCGAACACUCGCAAAUGUAUUGUUGCUUAAAGCUUUCUCAGGACCAAUAAGCGGCAAUAAAUUAUCUUCAGGAAGAUCUGGAUUUUUUUUCUAAAAUUGUAAUAGUUUUAUAGGAGCUUUUUGCUUGAGGUCUGUGUCCUCACUAUAUUGGGUUUUGGGGAAAGUGAGUCACCUUAGAAGGGCGUAUUAAACAGCCGUCCUUCAACAUGACAUAGGAGCUUUGAAGGAAUUUUGUUCUGAAGGAUCCUAGGUAUUUGUAACCUUAGAGUUACCUCGCUUGGUACAGUACCCCUGGCUCUAAGGUCUGCUGAAACACAUUGAAACAAAGGGAACCUCAGGGAAGAAAGUCGGGUAAGUGGUUUAACUUGGUAACCUGUAGGAUAGAAACAGGCGGAGGGAGGGGAAGCAUCUAAACCAUAGUGGUGAGCACAGUAUCGAUACCACGAGAGGUAAAAUGGACGCAGCUGAAGAACUACGUAUUCCAGAAUAUCUAAACAAACAAGUAGAGAAAAAAAAAGGGAACAAAAACUGAUCUGUGAUAGGGACUGGCUGAAAAGGAAGGGGAACAAAUAGGAGCAGGUGAUCUGCGCACUGUUGUUCUGCCUGCGAGUGCUGCCCCAGCAGGACUGGCCGGGGCCACUGAGCGCAGCUUGGGCUUCGGCUGCUUGUCUUGUUGGGCUGAGCUUUUGUUGGAUGUGACGCUUAACGGAAUGUAACGGGGGGUGAAUUUGUUUUUCUCCUUUUGCUGAAGUUUAAUACUCAAGAUGUGCGUUACUUACCUAACCUCUUUUGGUCUUUAUGUGACGUUUACACAAGGGGUUAUUUUAAAAUCCAUGUUAAUGGCCUUUACUCCAAACUGUGAUCACUUAAGUUCAACGCGGUUGAAGUUCAUAUGCAGUUGGCACUAUUGUAAUCCAUUUUCAUUUUUUGUCACCUGUAAAUCCCCCUGCACCCUGUUUUUCAAGAAAUACACAUUUAGAGUUGCAGAGUAACUGCUUUUCAUAACUUAAAAUCUUUCCUGUGAAGAGAUAAGUACUAUGGCAACAGAUAGUCUGCUUUGUAAAGCCGAAAAUGUAAAUUGCCGUAUAUUUGUUUUCACAGCUCGUUUUCCUUAGUAUUACAGAGUCUUCCCUGGAAACUCCGUUUUCCCUACUGUUGUGCACAGAGGACGGGGUGAAAACGCCAGCCUGGAAAUUAGGAAUUGAUGAGCAAAGCUUGUCAGGCCGUUACGCGUUUCGCAAAAUUUGAGGCCUGAGGACCAAAGUCUGCAAACCUCGCUCGUGUAAGCGGCCCCGCUGGCUUCAGCAGGACUCUGUGCAUGAGCCAGUUUUGCGUAGAUUGUAUUUUAUGUAAUCCAUAUUUAAUGUUGAAGUGAAGAAUACCGAAUCAUUUAUAUAUUAAGAGUUGUCUAUGAUAAAGAUUUCUUUUAAGAAAAACUAUAUAAAAAUUAAUUUGGAUUAUAGUUUCUCCCUGUCUCGCUCUAAUUGUUUAUCUUAGUUUUGUAAAAUCAACCCUCCUGUAUUAAUACUCUUAAUUUUGAUCACCCUGCUGCUUGAGAAAAAGUAUUUUUAUAUUUACUUGCAUCCCAUGUAUAGCAGAAUGUUAUGUGAAGAGCGGUAUAUAGAAAAUUCGAUAUUUUUAAUCAGUAUUUUUCCCAGCGCUCAGUUUUCACAUUAGUCAAAUUCAGAAGUAAUGAUUUUUUUUAAAGCACAAUCUAAUCUUCAGUAUACGUACUUUAAAAAUGCUCUGUAUUUUUAAACAUGCACUGCAGUGAAAGCGCUUUUGGGACAUGAAUGUGGUAUUGUAUCUAAUCGCUUUCAACUUUUGUAAAUACCUUUUACAAAUACCUUCCAUACUGAGUCAUCUAGUUUAUCCAUCGAGGUUUUUGCUGGUUUUUAGAACUCGUUCCGGUGACGGCGGUUGCGCUGCUUUUGCAUCGCCGUUGGUAGGAGCAUCCCGAUGGAUUCACAGGGACGUGCAGCUAUCGCCUCGUCACCCACCGAUAAACCAAGACGUGGAAUUUGACGGACUUGCCCGAGUUGGUGGCAGAAAUGGGAAUAAACCGCCCCCCCCGUCCCAAUCUUGUGGCUCCCAGCCUUUUGCUCCAACCACCGGACAGCUCGAUCGAGCGUGCAUAGCAGCAUCUGCGCGCCUCCACUGCCCUGGGCAUCGGCCGCGGCGGGGGCUGCCGGGGGCGCAGCGGGGUGCGGGGGCGCACCCGCCUGACCUCUCCUCCCAGGGCUUCCCGCUCGGUGACCCUCCAGCUCGCAGCCGCCGCCUGAGCGAACGCCGCCCUGAGAAACCGCUGACGGUGGGCUUGGACUGGUCGCUAUCUGGAAUUCCGGUCGGGUUUUAAACUUCAUACUUUUAAGACCUAACAUUUGAAACUGCUGUGGUAUUGUCAGCGCAUUCACAUUUUUGCAGAACUGACAUCGGUAGUGAUUCCUUUGAAAGCACCCGCCUCGCCAUAGAUAGCCGACCCGUCAUGUUCGGAGUGUAACGCUUCUGAAAGUGGUGUUGGGUGUCGGAGCGCGAUGUAUAAAAUCUGGUGUAAUUCAGUGCUGUACUAGUGCGUCCUUCAACUUGUGAUUUGCUUUUAAAGACUCGUCGCGUAGUUAGUGUGGAAAAAUAGACCAGUAUCAAUCUUAGCUCUUCGAUGGCGUACAAGUUUUCCAGUGUGAUUUGCCUCACGUACUGAUCCGUAUUUGGCAGCUAAUGGUGUAAAUGACCGUACGUUCUCUUCGUCUGGGUUGGAAAUUAAAAGGUUUUAUUGUAUCCGCAUGUAUUUUAAACUUCUGGAUAAUUCCAUUGAACUGUGAUGACAGCACAUUUAAAAAUUGAUCUUUUUCCUUUUAGUCAGAGAUUAUAUUUGCUCUGGUAGCACUCGUUAUCGGCACUGAUGUUAGUGACUUCACAUCCCGUUUUGUACAUCGGGUUUCAAGAUUAUAGCAUUUAAGUUUGUACAGUUGUGUUCAUGUUAAAAAAAAUAAUUUGGUCUGAAGAAAUGACGUGUGCAUACUUUUGACAUAUGGUCCAUAGGGAAAUAUUAGAUUCGACUGAUAAUAUUGUGAAGUAGCUACAGAUAUACCGGACGUAUUUUUUACAGAGCUAUACAUGCCUUUAUUUAUUACUUAUUACCACCAAAUCAAUGUGCUAGGUAGUGAAAUAUUUGUAGACCGAUUUCACAAAUCAACUAUGGUAUCGUGACAAAGCUUAAAAUAAAUGUUUACUGAAACUUU